AAUUCGUAGACUGCCUUAUAGUAAUGCCCCGGCAGCCUGUCACUCCUUUUUUAAGGAAACUUUUUCACAUGGUUGAUGAUGAGACCACUGACAAAUGCAUAAAAUGGAUGAAUUCAGGUGACGGAUUUGUGCUUCUUAAUACAGACGAAUUUUGUAAAGAUAUUUUACCUCUAUACUUCAAGCACAACAACUUUGCCACUUUUGUGAGACAAUUAAACAUGUAUGACUUUAGUAAAGUGGCCUUGGUGGAUUCUGGCGUUGUUCAGGUAGGCGACUUUCACACCUGGCAAUUCCGCCAUCCAUUUUUUCAAAAAGGUCAUCCAGAACUUUUAAAAAACAUCCGCAGAAAGAGUUACCUACCGCCCUCCGAAAAGCAAAAAUAUUUAACUGCCGAAGAAGAUUCAGGUGUUGUUUCUUUAAACAAGAAGUUUGAAUACUUAGAAAUGGACAACUUUCAACUUGCAGAAAUGGUGCAAUCCCUUAAAGCUGAGAGUGCUGAACUUCGAAGGCAGAACCGAGUUCUUUUGGAGCGCAGUGAGACUGCCGUGAGUCAAGCGCACGAACUGCAGUUGACAGUUGAAAAGAUUCUUAAAUUCCUUGCUUCCAUCUACUCUCCGGAGUUUGUUAAAGCACAACUAGAGCAUGCUGAAUGCUCCUCAUUCGGUGGCAACCUUAGCGGCGUGCAGGCCAUAACAAAUGGAGCUUUUCUGGGGGGUUCGGGGGAAGGAACCAUCAACCAAGAAGUCGAUGCUCUACCCUUACCAUCUCUGUGCAGCACAGAAUUGGCUCCAUCAAAAACUCUCUGGCACAACUCCCCUUUGCUUCGUUCAAGCCAGCUGAGCUUGGAUUUGGGUGGCGCCCACAACUGGUAUGAUAAAAGUAUUAGUGCUGAUGCCAGCAAAUUAAGCCGCUACAGCAGCAACUACAAUAAAAAUAACAAACUGAACAAACUUACUAAUAGUGAUGUUGUGAGCGUUAACAGUAAUAAUAUUCUUUCUCAAAGCCUUGUUAGUUCCUCCCUUGAGCUUUACGACGGCAGCGUUGCCAGGGCUCACGGUUUAUUAAAACGCGAUGCGGACCAAGUCUUAAAGAGUCCAGUGUUUUUCCCGAAGGCUAGUGAGAACAGCAAGAAAGUCUGUGACGAUGUCAUUCCCAACGACACUACCGCGGAGGCUCUCCCCCGCCACGACUCUGCGCCGUCCGCCUCUGACACGGACGUGGAAUUGGACGGUUUGAACGAUCCGCCGUACGACUUGAUGUUGGCUUCUGAUCCCUCGCUCUCGCAACUUUAUCCUAUCGAGUCAAGAGAUAAGUUCCCCUCAUCUUCAGAAAUAGAAGCUUCUGAACUUCAAGAGUUUGACUUUUUGUUAAAAUAGUUUAUAAUAUAGUAUCAGACUUUUUCAGCUAUUGGCUUUCGUGUAUAGAAUAUACAGCCUUUAAAUUGAUAAUAAU